ACCAAAAAUAUCCUCAAGCUUCUUCUCUGGCCUUUCCUCUUCGUGCAGCCGUGCGGCAAUAAAAUGACAAACUUUCUAAGACCCAAUCCUACCACCAAUCUCGCUUCCGGGUAAUAAAACAAAAAAAAAAAAAAAAAAGUAAAAAACUCCAGCACCAGCUUUUAAGGAAUGCACGCCAACAGCUAUCUCUCCCCAGAUCCCCCCCUCCCCAGAUUGCAGUCUACGUUCACUCAGAAAAGCUCGGUCUUUCCACCAAACCCUUUAGAUUUAGCAAUAAAUCCUCCAAGGUCAGAACUUUAUAUUUAUCCGCCACCAACCCAAGCCGUCGUUGGUGUUGUUUCAUCCGAGCUGGAGGGUUGGUGUGGUGAUGGCGUCGGGCUCCAUCCAGAAAUCUGAGGAAGAAUGGAGGGCCAUCCUCUCACCGGAGCAGUUCCGGAUCCUUCGGAUGAAGGGAACUGAAUACCGAGGCACUGGUCAAUAUGACAAAUUCUUCGAUGAAGGUAUAUAUGGGUGUGCUGGAUGUGGAACUCCCCUUUACAAGUCCACCACCAAGUUCAAUUCUGGGUGCGGCUGGCCAGCUUUCUAUGAGGGUCUUCCUGGAGCCAUAAAUCGCUCGCCUGAUCCUGAUGGGAGGAGAACAGAAAUCACUUGUGCAGCUUGUGGUGGGCAUUUGGGUCAUGUGUUUAAAGGAGAGGGGUUUAACACACCUACCGAUGAACGCCACUGUGUCAACAGCAUUUCACUCAAGUUCGCUCCUGCCUCCUGAACAACUUUCCUCCUCCAGUUUGAUUAUUUCUGAUGCCUCCUGUGCAAGUAAUAAAGUUGACUCAUGUGUAAGGACCUGUAUUGGGUGUUAAGUUAUUCAAAAUGGCUCUUAGAUUCAAUUAGGUCUACAUUGGAUAAUGAAAGUCUAAAUAUCAAUCAUGUAAGUCAUUGGAUGGGAUCUGUUAUUUUUAAAUUGCUUACAUAUCAGAAAUCAUGUAAUUUGAAGUCUUCUAAUCUAUGUAUCAAAUAGUUAAAAAAAAUUAGAUAGU